GAUGUCACGCACAGCAGCCAAUCAAAUGGUGCAGCGCUCUAUAAAUUAUACGUCCAUGCCCCGUUGAAGACACCAGCAACAUUUAGGACACCUUGAAGAAACUGUUUUGGUGCUGUUGGAAACACAUCUGUGGGAUUAGAUCGUUCUCUCAAUAAAAGGUUGAACAGAAGAGUUGUCAUCAUGGCAUUAAUGAUCCUACCAUUCAUUGGAGCACUCUCGAUCUCCGAGGGUUUGAUAGCCUUGGCAACGGUGUGUCUGGUCUACCUGACCCUGAAGCAUUUCCGAAAACAGAUCCCAGAGGGGCUUCAACAACUCCCCGGCCCAAGUUCACUUCCUGUCAUCGGGAACCUGCUAGACAUGGGCAGCAAGCCUUAUCUAAGUCUUACUGAAAUGAGCAAACGCUUUGGAGAUGUGUUCCAGAUUCAGAUCGGCAUGCGUCCAGUUGUUGUUCUGAGUGGUUAUGAAACGGUUAAACAGGCUCUCACCAAACAGGGAGACGACUUCGCCGGCAGACCAGACCUAUACAGCUUCCGCUUCAUCAAUGAUGGCAAAAGUCUGGCCUUCAGCACUGACAAAGCCGGCGUUUGGCGGGCUCGCAGAAAGCUUGCCUACAGUGCACUGCGCUCUUUUUCCUCCCUGGAGGGAAAGCUCCCAGAGUACUCCUGUGUUCUGGAGGAACACAUCUGCAAAGAGACCGACUAUCUGAUCAAGGAACUCCAAAAGGUCAUGAAAACUGAAGGCAAAUUUGACCCUUUCCGGUACAUAGUUGUUUCUGUUGCCAACGUGAUCUGUGGCAUGUGCUUCGGCCGCCGCUAUGACCACCAUAACCAGGAACUGCUGAGUCUGGUAAACCUGGCCGAAGAUUUUGUGUCGGUGACAGGCAGUGGCAACCCAGCUGACUUCAUCCCUGCUCUGCAGUACCUGCCCAGCAAAUCAAUGAAGAAGUUUUUCAGCCUCAACGACCGCUUCAACAACUUUGUUCAAAAGAUCGUCACUGAGCACUAUGCCACCUUUGACAAGGACAACAUCCGUGACAUCACCGACUCCUUAAUAGAUCACUGCGAGGAUCGGAAGCUUGAUGAGAACUCCAACAUCCAGAUGUCAGAUGAGAAAGUUGUUGGCAUCGUCAAUGACCUCUUUGGAGCUGGUUUUGACACCAUCUCUACUGCUCUGUCAUGGGCUGUGAUGUACCUUGUGGCGUAUCCAGAGGUUGAGGAGAAGCUUUUUGAAGAAAUAAAGGAGAAAAUCGGUCUGGAUCGUACACCUACUCUCUCUGAUAAAAACAACUUGCCUUUCCUGGAGUCUUUCAUCCUGGAGCUGUUCCGUCAUUCUUCAUACCUGCCUUUCACAAUCCCACACUGCUCUACAAAAGAUACAUCUCUGAACGGCUACUUCAUCCCCAAAGAUACUUGUGUCUUUAUAAACCAGUGGCAGAUUAACCACGACCCAGAGCUGUGGAAAGACCCAUCUUCGUUCAUCCCGGAACGCUUCCUCAACGCUGACGGCACAGAGGUCAACAAGCUAGAUGGAGAGAAAGUGUUGAUUUUUGGCUUAGGAAGGAGGCGAUGCAUCGGCGAAGUUAUCGCGCGAAAUGAAGUCUUCCUCUUCCUGGCGAUCAUCAUCCAGAAGCUGCACUUUUACAGGUUACCUGGAGAGCCCCUGGACAUGACCCCAGAGUACGGCCUCACAAUGAAACACAAACGCUGCUUCCUGGGAGUUACUAUGAGAGCUAAUGAUGAGCAGUGAAGCUAUUCGUUAUUAAGAAAUGAAGACUCUGAAGGUGGCUUUAGUUGACUGUGAUACUAUAGAUUAAGAGUUACACUAAGUGUGAGUGAAAAAUGUAUUUUUCUAAGAAUGUAGGACACUGGGUGACCUCUAUCUAUAGAGUUAACAGCAUAGAAGCAAGUAAAAGAACUGGGUUUGAUGCAGAUUGUAAGAGCUGUCUACAUUUGGGUCUAUCUCUCUGUAGUUUGAAGCUCUUCAUUACUGUACGUUGUCUCCGCUUCUAAAUGAAGAAAAAGAAGAUGCAUAUUUCUUUGCCAUAUUGUCCUGUAAUCCUAGAGUUUCCCACGUAGAAGUGAUUAAGCAGACAAUAAGAGUUUUUCAUCUUUUUGGAUGAAUGAUCAGUUUUAUAUGCAUUACUAUGAAGGGCACUGCAAUUUACAUACUGUCAGAGAAGUACCUGAAGCAAACAGAUACCACAGUAUGAUAUCAUUUAUAUUUUUAAGCUAAUUACUGUCAUUUCAUUAUACUGUAAAAGACAAUCCCAAAGCUAUAUUUGUAUCCCUAAAUGUGAUCAUUUGUGCAUGUGUGUCUGUAUUUUCUUAUAGGUCAAUUUUAUGAUCCAAGCACUUGUUUAUAUUUGAGGUGAAAUACUUGUCGGUGUCACAAAGAAAAUUGAUCAAUCAGGGCAUUUUCAAAUGAUUCUGGAAAAAUAACAUAAUGCUGUAUGUUUUUUUUUGUCUCUUAUAUAUCAUUUAUUGUUUAAAAAGAUGUAAGGGAUGAAAUUGUUCCAUCAACAGAAAUAAAACUAAAUGCU